AUGGCAUCUCAACCUUAUGAAUACACCGGGCCCGUGGAUUGCAGCAUUGUCCCCGACAAGAGUCAGUGCAAAGGAAAGAGUGUUGUUGUCACGGGGGCAGGUGCUAGCGGCUUAGGCGAGGCAUAUGUCCGAGCAUUUGUCGAUGCAGGGGCCUUUGUAACUUUUUGCGAUAUCAACGAGGACAAGGGAAAAGCGGUUGAGGCAGAACUGACUUCGCAACAUGUCUGUUUCGUCAAGUGUGACACAAGAUCUUGGGAUGAUCAAGUUCGAUUGUUUGAAGCCGCCAUCUCGCAAUCUCCUGAGAAAUCGCUUGAUAUUGUGAUUGCAAACGCAGGAGUUGGAAGGGGAGCGGGUGAUCCUCUGAUGCAAUUGGAAGACCCAUUUUCCACACCGACGAAACCAAGCCUCCAUAUAAUCGACAUCAAUCUAGUCGGCGUUUUGUACACGUUCAAGCUAGCUGUCCACUAUUUCCGUCGGUGUCCACAGGAUGCUCCUAGAGAUCGUUGCUUUAUUUUCAUCGGAAGUAUUGCUGGCAUUGUGGAUAAUCUGGGCAGCUGGGAGUAUUCGACCGCUAAGUUCGGCCUCCGAGGCCUCAUGAGAACUGUCAGAAGGCAUUCAUACCAUCAGGGGAUCAGAGUGGCAUAUAUUGCCCCCUAUUAUGUGCGCACAGUCAUACAAUCUGCCGCGACAUAUGAGUCAAUGCUGUCCAAGGGGAUUGAAUUUGCGGCAGUGGACAGCUGCGUCGCUGCAAUUAUGAGGGUCUCAUGCGACAAAGGGAUAAACGGCCACUCUUUCGUGAUUGUGCCAUACUCAGUUGCAAAGGAAGGGUUCAAAGACGCCGAAGAAGAUGACUGGACGGACGAGAACUAUUGGCUGCAAAAGUUCCAGAGGCUCGUAGUGACUGCGAGGGGAGAUGCGUGGAGCUAG